AUGGACCAUGCAGCUCUUCUCAUUCUUCUUCUCCAGCUUUGUGGAACCAACAUGGAAGGAAAUCUUGUGGAUUCAACUGUAAAACUUACCGAGAAGGUGAAACUGGAAUGCAUAUAUCCAAAAACAGCCAUGAUAAUGCAGACAACCUGGAUGAAACUUAAUGUAACUCAUAAAGAAAAUAUAGCUGUCUUGCAUCCAAUCUAUGGUGUACAUAUCGAAGACAAAUACAAUGGAAGAAUUUAUUUUGAAAAUGCUUCCAGGGAAGACAUGUCCUUAUCCUUCAUCAAGAGCACUUUGGAAGAUGUUGGUCUUUACUUUUGCUCUGUUGUAACUUACCCAGAUGGAAUUUGGGAAAAGGUAAUAGAAAUUAUUCAGCCAG